CAGCUGCCCAAGAACAUGGUGUUUUAAUCCGGUUUUCUACAGAAGCAGGGCUGAGGGCUAAAGGAGGAGCAGCUCUGGCAGAGGGGGCUCUGCUGGGACAUGGCUCAGGGGGUUUGGGGUGCACUGUCUCCCGUGGGUGCAGCAGCCCCAGGUCUGCCUGCGGUGGCACGUUUUGGAGCUGCCCACUGUCCACGGAUGCUGCAGGACAAGGGAGCUGGGCUCCAGCCAAAGUGGGGAUGCCCAGCCGACCCCUGGUGGAAGAUGACGGUCCCCGUGCCCAACAGCACGGCGGUGCCGUGGGCACGGCCAGAGCCCGAGCCGGAGCUGGAGAGGUCACCCUGCCUGGUCGGCAUCAUCCCCAUCGUGUAUUACAGCGUCCUGCUGGGGCUGGGGCUGCCAGUGAACAUCCUGACUGCCGUGGCCCUGUCCCGCCUGGCCACCAGGACCAAGAAAUCAUCCUACUGGUACCUGCUGGCCCUGACCACCUCCGACAUCCUCACCCAGAUCUUCAUCAUCUUCGUGGGCUUCAUCCUGCAGACAGCCAUCCUGGCACGGGCGGUGCCCAGCGCCUUCAUCCACACCGUCAACGUGCUGGAGUUCACGGCCAACCACGCGUCCACCUGGGUCACCGUCCUGCUGACCGUGGACCGCUACGUGGCCCUGUGCCACCCUCUGCGCUACCGCGCCGUGUCCUACCCGCGGCGCACCCGCAAGAUCAUCGCGGCCGUCUUCGCCGUGGCCCUGGCCACCGGCAUCCCCUUCUACUGGUGGCUGGACAUGUGGCGUGACGCCGACCCCCCCACGGCGCUGGACACGGCGCUCAAGUGGCUGCACUGCGUCACCAUCUACUUCCUGCCCUGCAGCAUCUUCCUGGCCACCAACUCCGUCAUCAUCCGCAAGCUGAAGCGGCGGAGGCGCGCGGGGGGCGGCAAGACCACGGCCCUUCUGCUGGCCGUCACCACCGUCUUCGUCGUGCUCUGGGCUCCCCGGACCGUGGUCAUGAUGUGCCACCUCUACGUGGCCUCGGUCAGGAGGGACUGGCGCGUGCACCUGGCCUUGGACAUCGCCAACAUGGUGGCCAUGCUCAACACCUCCCUCAACUUCUUCCUCUACUGCUUCGUCAGCCAGACCUUCCGCCGCACGGUGGGCGAGGUGCUGCGGGGACAGCCCCGGCAGGACACCCGCCGUGGCAGCGCUCACUUCCCUCCCCCGGCCCUGAAACCACUGAAGCUGCUGGGCAGCACCUCGCUCUGAGCCAGGCCCAGUGCCCACCCAGCCCCACGCAUGGCACCAGCAGCCAGGGACACCCCACCCUCCACGGAGCCAGGGUUAACGCUGCUGCUGCUGCUGGUGGCAGGAGGAGGUGGCUGUGCCCAGACACUCCUUUGGGGAUAUCGUGGUGCCUGCCUGGCAGCAGCACCCCAGGAUGGGCAGCUCAGCCCUGCCCAUGCUCAGCCCCUCGUGCAAAAUUGGAACUCACCCAGGGAACUCACCCAGGGAAUUCACCCAGGGAACUCACCCAGGACAUGCCCAGCUCAGUGGCACCGAGGGUCUUGGGGAGCCAUGGGGCUGCCCCUGAGUGGGGUGGGGGGCACGAAUGAGCUCCUGCGAGCCCUGACAAGGACGUGGUGCCCGCUGGGUGCCACUCCAUAAACUGCAGUGCUGAGACCAAAACUCUGCCUGAGUCCGGCUCCCCGCGGGCAGCUGGAACGGAGGCACCCUGCACCAGCGUCUUUGGCACAGGGUGCCCCUGCCCUGCCCACCCCCGUGCCCCCUGCCCACCCCCGGGAGUGCUGCAGGGAGCACCCACAGGGUCUGCUGUCCCCACUAGUGGGGUCUGGUAAGAUCACAGCUCCUGGCCCCCUCCCAUUUAUCCCCCUGGCAGCAGCCAAGCUGAAGCCCCCCGGUCAAUGCCCCCCAGCAUCUGAUGCAUCUAGCUCUGCCCUCCCAGUUGCACCAGUGCCAGACUGGUGUGACGCUGGAGGAGCGGCCGUGCCGUGCCAGCCUGUCCCCAGCUGCCAGCAGAGGGCAGGGACGGGACACUGCGGAGCUGGCACUGCCGGGGCAGGGAGCUGGCAUCCCCCAGCCCCCUAAACCCGCCCUGCCGCCACCCUAAUUCUCUGUAAGGUCCUUAGCGUAAUCCCCCAAAACCGUCCAGCCUUUCCUCUCGGAUUCCCGAGACGGGGCAGGAACCAGGGGGUUCCCGGAGGGGGGUCAGGGCCUCAGCUGGCUCCGGGCAGGGCACAGAGACA